AUGGAAGAUGUGGCGCUGCAUUGGUCCCGUUGGCAUAUGAUGAAGCAUGCUUCUGCCUCCUGGAUUGAAUUCUCACAAGCAUUGGUCACUAGGUUUGAUGAUCAAUUCAUGGGGAAUCCGUAUGAGAGGAUGGUGACGUUAAGACAAACCGGCUCGGUUGAUGAAUAUGUCAAUUUAUUCACUCAACUUGCUACUCAAGCUCAACCAUUGACAGAUGCGCAAGCCUUAGGAUAUUAUAUAGGGGGCUUGAAACAAAUUAUCAGAUAUAAGUUAAGGGUAGUGGAGCCUCCGGAUUUCGAAUCUGCAAUCCGCGAUGAUUUAGGCAACUGGGUUGCGGAGUUAAGAGAGAUGAGAGAGGGCGAAUUUACUGAGGAGGCAGAACCUACCAUGGAAAGUGACCAACCACCCGAGGAGGAAACAACACAGGGGGCCCUUCCUUUAUAUGCCUUGGUUGGAUUUUCGGGACCCCGAACCGUGCGUCUCUGUGGUAGUCUUUUUGGAUUUAGCGUAACGGUACUAAUCGACAGCGGUGCAAGCCAUAAUUUUAUUUCCCAAAAAUUGGUUCUACAUGCCAAAUUGAACGUAGACACCACACAGGAAUUCAACGUGGUACUAGGCGAUGGUCGCAAGGUUGCAAGUACGGGAGUAUGCUCGAAAUUGAGUAUACAGAUCGAUGGAGCAGAAGUGCAGGCAGACUAUCACGUAUUUCCUCUUGGUGGGGUGGAUAUAAUAUUGGGUGUCGCAUGA